AUGUCUUCCUCCUUCACUACUGAGCUUUCGGAUCGAAGGACUCAUGUGCCUCAUCUUCUUCUACUCUUUUCCAUUCCAUUUUCCUCCACUUUCAAAGAAAAGCGGAAGGAGAAAUCUCUGGGACUACAAACAAACUUCAAUAAGAAUGAAAUUGGAAAAGGGAUUCGUGGGUUCAGAUGCAAGGUGCAAUUAAGAGGCUGAAGAGCCUUAUAGAUUCAAAGGACAAGUAUCAGUGUCGCCACUAUUGUUGCCCCUGCACCAAAAUUAACAUCUGAAAUUAAUGGAAACACUGUUUAAGGAGGUACCCAUCCCUUAUAUUUUUCUUAUAAUAUCUGUUUACCAUGACUUUGUAUGAAUGGUAGAAAAAUGCUACUUCAUUGCUAUUCCGCCUACGAAACAAAACCAUACUUGUCUGUGAUGAUAUAAAGAUUAAAGUUGGUUGCUAUUAUGGUUACAAAAAAAAGUAUGUUCACUUUCCUAUAAUGCUAGAAAAAUGGAAGUUGGUUUUGGCUAAAAGAUAAAGUAUGUUGCCUAUAAUGGUAGAAAGAUAUUAUGGAGGACGAAUGUGGAGCUCUAAGAAAGAACCGAAAAGUUCCGUAAGCAAGCUAAUGCAAUAGCCGACUAUCCUACAGAACCACGAUGUUCUUCUUAAACGUAACGUCAAUCAUAGUCACAGCAGAUGCAGCAAAUGACAUUGUACUUCAUGACACGUGACGAGGUCACCUCAUACAGCCUGACAAAACCUCUAUUUUUGUAUAACUUUGACCCCCGCAACGCGGGGGACACUUUUCUAGUUCAGAUUAAGACUAUAAAUUAAGGGAUGAACAAACAAUAUGAGGUGCUAUUUAAUAGGAUCUGAAAUUUUAAGAUUUAGAUUUUUAAGAUGUCUGAAUUUCUAUGA